AGCAGUCAGCCCGCAGGAAGACGGAGGAAACUGAAGUUCAAAAGAGAGCUGAAAGCCCCAAACUUUCUAAUGGUUUUCUCUUCGGUCCAUUCAGUCGUGAUAGCCAUUGUCACAAAAAUGGCUGACCACGACCUUGGUGCUGUUGCCCAGCUGGGUACAAGCCUCGCGAGUAAACUCAACUUGCACUCCGAAGGAUGUCGUAAAUCUCGCCAGCGACUCCCAAAGCUCGUGUCGCUAGUCAACUCCACUGCUUCGACACUCCGUCAGAUCCAUGAUCUGAUCCAGCAGAACGACAAAAUCUUCACAGAAGCUUGCAUGAAGGACAUCAACUCCCUUGCCGCCAAAUGCAGGGCUAUUUAUGUCGGAGUUCUUACUCUUGUCGCUAAGAAGACGCAGAGUGUCAGCGGAGACAAAGACGCGAAAGUCUUGUCAAAUGAGCAAAUUGACGAGCUCUUGGCUUGCCUUGCAAACAUGAGUGUUUGGAGAACUGAGGCUUGGAAUUGGCUUGAACCUCGCCUGAAGAUUUGCCAGCAGGAACUGAAGCAAGUCAAGUUCGAGCUUGUCCUGCGUUAUCUCCUUGGAAGUAUCGCUCGCCUUCAGAUGGAAACUAUGAUACGUUCCCCGGGCGCUUGGGAGAAUGAAAACUCUCUGCGAUGUUUUGCUGAGAACGUCGCUGAGAGGCGCGUGAUGUACAACAAGCAUUACAACAGGAGACGAGCAGGCUGGGAUAUGUCGCCUACCCCAAAGGCUUCCUUCGAGGACGUCAGAAGUAUUUAUUCAACAUCAACCACAACUACUGUGGCCCCUCCUCCGCCUAUGCCGGUGUUCCCGUCCACUCCGCCUGCCAAGGACAUCUUCGAUGAGAAGGUCAAGACGGACUCGGCUAAAACUGAGGAAGAGACUUCUCAGGUUGUCGUUGAGAAUAUCGUCCAGAACAAACAGGUUGAUGGUACCUCUCGAAACUGGUUCCAGCGCCUCUUCUCCUCCAGUCCCAAAGAGGAUUGGAAUAAUGAAGACAUCAUGGCGUUCGUUCUUGACAUGAGUCACGCAAACAAGCUUAUCACGAGACUUGAGUUAGACGACAAGGAACUCAAGGCAAACCUCUCCAAACUGACUUCCAGUCGUCUCUGGCGACGACGUCCCAACCUGGUCGAGCAAUACUCAGCCCUUGAUCAGAACGUUCGUCAGGACGUGGAUAACGCCAUCAUUGUUGCAAAGCGAAAGAGCACCCGCGACAUGACUCUUGUCGCCAUGAUUGCCAAGAAGUCAGACUCGCAGAAGACAGCUGACAGAGGAUCUGGCUUCCAUUACGCUCCUGAUCUCAAUGUCACUCUCUAUUUCAAGCUUGGUGCUGAGUUUGAGCCGAUUUAUCUGAUUGAUACCCAGGCUAGAAGGCUCGAGUUGCCUUACACAUCUUGCGCCACUUUCAAAAUGAUGAGAGACCUCAUGGUCCAAAUCAACUGGAGCCCGGGCAUUGUCUCCCAUAUCAUGAAUGGUCGAUACGACCUCUGCACCGAAGACGGUCUCGCCGUCAUGUUCCAAACCUGGGACUCAGUCCGCCGGCCCGGCAUGACACUGACCCUCAAGAUCUGGGCUCCUCCAAUGCCACCUGGUCCACCUCGGCCCAGACCGCUGUAUCCACCCCCGCCCGUGGUUCACGUUGUGCCGGCUAGGACCAGACGGGAAGAGAUGAAGGAGGCCUAUCAUGAGGUGGUCGAGUUGCUCGGUCUCGCAGACGGGUGGACUCCUGACAAGGAGACUGGAAAGUCUGGACUGGGAGAUCUUUUGCGUCUGUGGACUACUGCUGUUGAUCCCCAUACGGAGGAUUGUUCGGACUAUGGAUCGUUCAUGAUGGGUUAUAGCUCUUCAAGCUCUGAGUUUAGCGACUAAGAGAUGGGUAACAUUGUGUGGGAAGGUCUCCUUUGCUGAUUGUUUAUGUUUACGUUAAUGAAUAAAUUGAUGAUCUGAUUUGCGAGAA